AUGGCAGCAGAGAUGCAGAGAUUCGGAAUGAGUGAAGAUGAUGAUGAUGAUGAAACUGGGAUGGAUGUGAAAGAGGAAGAUGAUGACGAUGAUGAUGAAGAGAAGAACAUGGCAACUUUUGAUAUGGUUGGUGGUGAUUUGGGUAUCGUAUCCACAAGCAGUAGUAAUAGGUUUAUGCAGCACAACCAAUUUCAAGAGCAGCCAACUCCACAAGGAGGAGGAUCUAGGAGGUGUAGGCCACAAGAAGAGAAGGAGAGAACAAAGCUGCGGGAGCGACAACGUAGAGCUAUAACUGCAAAAAUUUUGGCUGGACUUCGGAGGCAUGGGAACUAUAAUCUUAGAGUCAGGGCUGACAUCAAUGAUGUCAUUGCUGCUUUGGCAAGGGAAGCUGGUUGGGUUGUUCUUCCUGAUGGAACCACCUUCCCUUCCAGAUCACAGGUGCAGGGCACGAGACAUGCAGGAGGUACAUCUCCUACAGUGGUGACGUCAUCUCCACAUAUGCCGGCAGAACACACAUCACCUACUUCCUUAAGAGGCAUUUCACCCGGUUAUCAGAGUACAGUCAAUUAUAAUGCCAGCCACAUGAAAGGCAGUAUUGUUUCAUCUCCUUAUGAUGUGUCCUCCAGUGCUCGAUCUCAGAGUUCAGCUAUGAUGGGUGACGGAGGAGGCAUGCAGAGUGAUCCUCCUCUCGGAGGUUCCAUAGAUUCAGUCCAAAAUAGGCAGGUUAUGGACGUUUCUGGAAAGGUGCAGCAGCGUGAUUUCGCGGGCACACCAUAUGUUCCUGUUUAUGUUAUGCUGCCUUUGGGCGUGAUUGAUAUGAAGUGUGAGCUUGUUGAUCCCGACGGUUUAGUGAAACAACUUAAAGUCUUGAAAUCAAUUAACAUUGAUGGUGUUAUGGUUGAUUGCUGGUGGGGUAUAGUAGAAGCGCAUGCUCCACAGGAGUACAAUUGGAAUGGAUACAGGAGGUUGUUUCAAAUCGUGCGGCAGCUUAAAAUGAAGUUACAGGUUGUGAUGUCCUUUCAUGAAUGUGGCGGUAAUGUUGGCGACGAUGUUUGUAUUCCCCUGCCUCACUGGGUGGCUGAAAUUGGUCGCAGCAAUCCUGACAUAUUUUUCACUGACAGAGUGGGAAGACGAAACCCAGAAUGUCUUUCAUGGGGAGUUGACAAGGAAAGGGUUUUGAGAGGCCGGACUGCCAUAGAGGUUUACUUUGACUACAUGAGAAGCUUCCGGAUUGAAUUUGAUGAGUUCUUUGAUGAUGACAUUAUCUCUACUGUUGUUGUUGGACUUGGUCCAUGUGGAGAGCUAAGAUACCCAUCCAAUCCUGUGAAACACGGUUGGAGAUAUCCUGGUGUUGGUGAAUUCCAGUGCUAUGAUCAGUAUAUGUUGAAAAGCCUUCGGAAGGCAGCUGAAAUCAGGGGACACUCCUUUUGGGGGCGAGGACCAGAUAAUGCAGGUUCCUACAAUUCACGGCCGCAUGAAACUGGAUUUUUCUGUGAUGGAGGCGAUUAUGAUGGAUAUCACGGCAGGUUUUUUCUCAAUUGGUACUCUCAGGUUUUGGUUGACCAUGGCGAUCGGGUGCUUUCUCUGGCAAAUUUAGCAUUUGAAGGCACUUGCAUUGCAGCAAAGAUUUCUGGUAUUCAUUGGUGGUACAAGACAGCUAGCCACGCUGCUGAAUUAACUGCUGGAUUUUAUAAUCCGUGCAAUCGAGAUGGUUAUACUGCUAUUAUGGCAAUGUUGAAGAGACACGGGGCAGCACUAAACUUUACAUGUUCUGAAAUGAACAUGUUAGAUCAGCAUGUGGACUUCUCUGAGGCACUGGCUGAGCCCGAGGGAUUAGCCUGGCAAGUAUUGAAUGCUGCAUGGGAUGUUUGCAUACCAGUUUCUAGUGAAAAUGCUCUUCUAUGCCAUGACCGGGAUGGUUAUAACUAUUUACUGGAAAAGGCGAAGCCUAUGAGUGAUCCAGAUGGCAGGCAUUUUUCUGAUUUUACCUAUCUAAAGCUCAGUCCACAUCUCUUGGAAAGACACAACUUUGUUGAAUUUGAACGAUUCAUCAAGAGAAUGCAUGGAGAAGCUGUACUCGAGUAUCAGACAUAG